AAGACCACAUGAAAGCAGAAACAAAACACAACCGGAGAAAAGGACAAGUUAGAUUUUUAAUAAAUUAGGAGUAUCAACAUCAACAAUAUAAAGUCUGAUCUAAAAAAUAAAAUCCUCACAAUAAAAAUGCUUAAAAUGAAAACAGCAAAAACACUUAAGAAAACUCCACCAAUUAUUACAGCACCGCCUGCUCGGGAUCUGGACGCAGAAUCCCAAUUCCAACUUGAAUUGUAUUGGUGUGUCCAACAGCUGGAGUUGGCAAUUGCAAAUUCAAAAGUUAUCAAACAACGAGAUGAAAUGAUGAAAAAUAUUAAAACACUUAAAAGUAGCACUGCCCCAGCGGUAAAGAAGCGACAAAUAAUGAAGGCAUCGUUUGGAGAUUACAGGUCUAAGAUGAAGGAAGAAGAAAAGAAAUUGGCUCUGGCAAGCCGUCAAAUUAAGUUCACUGCUAGUUCCGAUGCAUCACAAAAAUCGAGCUUUGUUAAAAAAGCUGCAAUUCUAACUUCAGGGAAAGAUUUCAAGUUUAAUUUUACUCCUGAGACACCUUCAACUGCCGAUACUCAAGAGACUGAAAGUAACAUUGAAAAGAAAGAAUCAUCUAGCACAACAGGUACUACGGCAGCAACGAACAACUUAGACUUCUCAUCUGGAAGUGGUUUCAAAUUUAACUUCGAUAUCGAAAGUACAAACGAACAAAUUGAUUUUGAAAAAUUGUCCAUUAAAAAUUAAAAGAAAAGAUUUUUCAAAUCAUCAAAUUUGUAACUUCGCAUUAAAUUUCUCAAUAAUUGUACUAUAAUUAAAUUUUGUAAAAACCGUUAAA